AUGGUAGCGAGCAUCCUCUUUGGCGCGAUGGCGCUGACGCGGCGCCGCAACUUCCGCAUCUUCGACCGGUCCAACGACGCCAGCGUGGGGUAUCUGGACGGCGACGCACACGGGUCCUCGGACGCGCUGCUGGCGUUCCCCGACGACGACAGCGACCCGGGGCACGUCAGCACGGCCAAGUAUCCGCCCAAGGUGCGCCGCUGGUGCUGCACCAAGGUGGUCACGCCGAAUACCUCGCGCUUCCGGAAUAACAUCCACAGCCGCGUGCUGCAGCGGUUCCCGUUCCUGAUCGAGAUGUUCUACUGGGUCAUCAACUACGCCUUCUACCGGCUGACGGCGGUGCUGUCGGCGAAGCUGUUUGCCGGGCGGGGCAUCUGGGAUGUGUCGCAGGAGCACGGGAUUGCGGUGCUGGACGCGGAGGAGCACGGAAUGCUGAGUUUCCUGUUUCCGAUCCGCGAGCAGAGCGUGCAGCAGUGGUUCAUGCACGGGCACCAGGACGCGCUGACGGUGCUGAACAAGUGCUACGCGCUGAUCCACAUCCCGGGGACCGUUGGGUUCAUCUGCUGGUACUACUACGUCGCGCCGUCGUUCGACACGUUUGCGAUUGCGCGCCGCACGCUGACGCUGACCAACUUCUGCGCCUUCAUCACCUUCGUCGUGUACCCGUGCAUGCCGCCGCGGCUGCUGCCCUCGAAGUACGGGUUCCUGGACACGGUGCGCCACGACGACGCGCAGAGCGUGUGGAUGAGCGGCAAGUACGUGAACCAGCUGGCGGCGAUGCCGUCGAUGCACUUUGGCUACUCGUUCUGCAUCGGGAUGACGAUGAUCUACCACUCGGGGCUGUUCCGGCGGACGCUGGAGCUGGGCGAGGUGCGCAAGAACGCGUUCUGGAAGAUGUUCUACCUGUGUCUCGGGCUGGGGUAUCCGACCUUCAUCCUCGUGACGAUUGUGGCGACGGCGAACCACUACUUCAUGGACGCCAUGGUGGCGGUGUCGUUUGUGCUGCUGGCGUUCCUGUGCAAUAAGGUGUUCUACGUCUUCAUCCCGCUCGAGGAUCUGCUACUGUAUGUUAUCCGGGCGGACAAGCCGGUGCCGUCAACGGGCGACCGCUUCCACGAGCGCGGCGGGCGCUUGUAG